AUGUUUCAGAAAUUUUUUUCAGAUAUAUUAUACAAAAUAUUGGGAAAUUUUAUAUAUGGUUUAAAUGAUGAAGAAUUAGCAUUAAGUGAUUUAUUAAGUGGGAAAUUGGAACUAACUAAUAUUCAUUUAAAACAAUCAGUAAUAGAUUUGAUAGAUAUACCAUGUCGCUUAAAUUUUGGAUGUGUUGGUUAUUUUAAAAUUAAUUUACCCUUAUUAUAUUUUAUGAAGAAUCCAAUAAAUAUAUAUAUGGAAGAUGUAAUAAUAGUUUUGUCUACUAUACCUUCUAAAUAUUUUGACGAUAAGUUAUAUAAAGAAAAAUAUAUUGAAAAUAAAAAGAAUUUAUUACUUUCUUCUGAAUAUAGAGCUAUCGUUUGUUCAGCAGAGGGGGGUGUUAUAUGGCAAAUGAUUUUGUCAUUAAUAAAUAAUAUUAAUAUAACCAUUAAAAAUGUACAUAUUAGAAUAGAAGAUUUUACAAGUAAUCCUUCCAACUGUUUUUCUUUAGGAAUUAAAAUUGAAGAAUUAUUUUUGAAUAUGCCGAAAGAAGGUUUACCUUUUAAUAGAGAUGGAUAUUAUACGAAAAAAAAAGAACUCGUCAGCAAUACUAUGAUUAAUAUGAUAACCGUUAAGAGGUUAGCGUUUUAUAUGGAUUCUUUGGAUAUGAAAAAAAUUACCAACAAAAAAUAUUUUAACAAGUUUAGAGAUAUAUUUAUAAAUUAUUGUAAUAUGGAUGAAAGGAAUUAUCCAGAAAUAAAUAUGAAAUCAAAUUACACAAACGACAGUAAAAAUAUAAAAAAAGUACAUAUGAAUUGUGAAAUACAAAACAUGAAUAAUUUUAAACGUAAUAGAAAGAAUAAAAAAAAUAAAUCAAAACAUAAUAAUCAUAAAAAUAAUAAUAAAAUUAAUAAUAAUACCAAAAAGUUGUUUAAAAAAAAAAAAAAUAAACGUUCUAAUCAACAAAACUUAGAGAGCUUUCUCAAUAUAAUUAAAAGUAUUAAGAAAAGUUCUUAUUAUGUUUGCAAAAAUGAUAAUAAUAUAAAUAAAAUGGACAAAAUAAAUCAAAGGAUUUUAUUAUUAAAUGAUACAAUUUCAGCAAAAAAAAAAAAAAAUAAAAUAAUAAAUAAUAAUAUAAAGAUGAAGAACACACAUAAUGAACAACAAAACAAAGAUAAUAAUUGUUCAAUAUCUAUAAGUAAUUUCUACAAAUUUAAUCCAUUCUCAUCAAAGAAAGAGGAGAAAGUAGACAUGCCUAUAUUGAUUGAUGAUAUAAAACUUGAUAAUGAUAUAAGUUGGAUAGCAUGUAUUACAUUGUUUGCAGAUUCUUUGGAAAAUUCUUUUAUCAAAGAAAAAAAAGAAGAAUUAUUAAAAAAGCAAAGAAAUAAAAAGAAAAAUAAUACAAAUGAUAAAAAUGCACAACCGGAGAAGGAUGAUGAUGGUUUCUAUCAAACUUGUAAGACUAUUGAUGAGAAUAAGAAUAUUAAAGAUCACAAUCAUUCUUUUAAUAAUAAAUUGAACAAAAAUAAUGAACAAAUUAAAAGUAAUAAUUAUGAGAAGGAGAAGAUGGGGAGUCAUACUUUUAUUGAUAAAGAUAAUAAUAAUAAUAAUAAUAAAAAUAAUCCUUCCUUUAAUAGUGAUAUAAGUAAUACCAGAAAACUUACUUCCAAUUAUUAUUUAAACAAAGCUGUCUCUUUUCUUUCUAUGAAAUCCUUCACCAAAAUACUUCAGAAGAAAAAGUUAUCAAAAAAUAUGCACCGUCAUAAAAAUAAAGAAAAUGAUUUUAGUUCAAAUGAUCAAAAUAUAAGUGAUGACUAUUUUACUACAAAAGAAAAAAUGUCCGAUAUAGAUUUUAACAGUGAAGAUAUAUAUUCUUCUAAAUAUAAAAAGAAACGAAAGAACGAAAUGAAAAAAAAAGAUUUCAAUUUUAAAAAGAAUGGUUAUUCGAAAUAUGAAAAAAAAGAUGAAGAGAAAUAUUACGACGUUAAGGAUAAAAACCAAAGUGAUGAACAUAUUUCUACAUUUCAUCAUUCUAAAAAUACUGACAAGAAUUAUUUUAGUUUUAGUGAUAAUGAUAAGAAUAAUAAGAAAUAUAUGUCACAGAACAAAAAAAAAGGAAAAAAAAAAACAUAUAUUGAAAAGCAAGAAGAUUAUGGAAAGAAUUAUAAAUAUAAAACGAGAAACGAAUAUGACAAAACAAAUAAUGAGAGUUAUAAAAAUCAAAAUUUUAAUGAUUCAGCUCAUAAUUUAAUAUCUAAUUAUGAAAAAUGUAUACAACUGAAUGAUAAGAGGAAAGAAAUAAAAAUGGAACAAUAUAGAAUUAUGAAUUAUAUCAAAAAGAACGAAAUAAAAGAAAAAAUAAGAAAUAAGAAAAGAAAAAAAAUUCAUUCAGUUUAUUUGAUGUAUGAAAAAACAUACAAAAUAAAUAAAAGUAAAUUGAAUUAUUUCUAUAUAUUUUUGAGGCUUACAAAAAAUAUCAAGCAUGAAUAUAUUAUUAACCCAAAUUAUUUUGAAGGAUAUGUAGAAAUAUAUUUAAGUUUAAUUCCAACAGAUCAUGGUGAACGUCCAUUUUCUAGAUGUUUUUCAUCUUGGGGUAUACAAAGAAGAAGUCAAAAUGAAUUUGAUGAGUGCUUACCUAAAAUAAGUGUUUUUGUUACAUUAAAAAAUAUGAAAAUUAUAUUUUCCGAUAAACAAAUGUCGAAUUUAAUAAAAUGGUUAAAUUUAAAUUUUGUAACAUAUUCUACUUGGAAAGCAGGUAUCUUAUCUCAAUUUGAGAAGCCUAAAGCAACACCUAAUGAAGAAAUGUGUUAUAUAAAUAAAUGGGUUCUAAAAUUAUUAGAUACUCAUUCUUCAAAAGAAGAAAAGGAAGAUGCCGAAAAAUAUUGUGAAUUAUUUGAAAAUACUCAUUCUAUACAUAUUAUAAAUUUGCUAAGAACUAAGGCAUUUUCAAAAUUACAGGAAUUAAGAAAGGAUAUGGAAACAAAAAUGAAACCAAACAAUAAUAAUAACAACAAUAAUAAUAAUACGUAUGAUAUGGUAAAUGACACAAACCAAUAUAAUGAAAUAGGCAAAAAAGAAAAUGAAGUGAAACAAGUUGCUAAUGAAAGUAUUAAUGUGUUAAAAAAUUUAAUGAAAAAUGAAAAAGCAUUUAAUAAAAUAAAGACAUCAUUUAGAGAUAAAAAUUUUACCAUAGACUUUUGUUUCGAUAUAUGUAUUAUUAAUAGCACAAUUUUGUUAACUAUUGAAACAUUUAAUAAAAUAAAUACUAGAAAGGUGAACUUUGUAAAAACAUAUGCUCUAUUAUUACAAUGUAUACAUUAUCAUAAUCAAAUUUCUAAUACUCAAGAAUUUAAGAAUUCCAUGGAUAUCGAAUUAUAUCCAUUAACAUUACUUUUAAUAAUUAACAAUUUAGAUAACAAAUAUAUUAAACCCGAAAUUAAUGUAUUAUAUAUUUUAACCAAAUCAGAUAAGAAGGAUAAAUAUAAAUAUAAAGAUAAAAAGUUUCUAUUCAAUAUGGAGAACUUUGAUAUAUUAAAAAGAUACAAAUAUAUUAGAAAUACAUAUCUAUAUCGAAAUGAUAAUCAAAAGAAUUCAAACGAAGACAGGCAAAAAAUUGAAAAGGAACAAGAAUUAUAUAACCAUGAAAAUGAAAAUGAAAAUAAUCACAAUAAACAAAGAGAUACAUUAAAAUUACAUAAUUUAAAACAAAAAUUUAAAUAUUUAAUGGAAGAAAAUUUUUUCUUUUCAAAAAGACAAAAUAAUAUGUAUUGUAAUGAAUUAUGUGAUAUUACAUCUUUGUCAGAUCCAUCAAUUUAUUUACGAUAUGAUUCUCAAUCAUAUACCAUAUUAGAAAAACCUGAUUGUCAUUUGUUUUUACAUAAUUGUGCUUAUUCAAUAUUUAAUAUAAACGGAGAAAUAGCUAAUUCAUUUGUUAAUGAUUAUUUCCAUUUUGUAGAUAAUAGAUCAGUUUUAUUUAAAAGGAAAACAAAUAAUUUUUCUUUUAAAAAAAAAGAAUAUUUCUUAGAAUUAGGAGCUAAAUAUUGUAAUGAUAUAAUGGAUAAUUAUACAAAACAUACUAGUUUUUUCAUCGAUAUAGAGUUAGAAAAAAUGUUAUCAUUUAUUAUAACAAAAUCAGGACAAAAAGCAGAAAUUCAGGGUUAUAGCCUUAAUUUAAAUCCAGUAAAAGUCGUAAGUCAAUUAUCUAAAAGAUCAGAAUCGUAUAAUAUAGAUAAUUCCAAAAAAAAUAUAUAUGAUUCUUUUUUUGUUCAAUUUGAAGGAAUAAAUAUAAAAAGAAUAUUAAAUUGGCAUGAAGCAGCUAAACAUUAUAAAACAUAUAUUGAUGAUAAUUUUAUUAAACCUUUUCAUGUCCUUUUUCAUCCUAUAAAUAAAGAUAUAUAUACAAAUAGAAACCAAACCCCAGAUAAAUUCUUUUUUAAUUUAAAUCGUAAGAAGAAUAUACCUCAAUUAAAUGAAAAUGGAAAUAGUAAUUCAAAUGGUAAUUCAAAUGGUAAUUCAAAUGGUAAUUCAAAUGGUAAUUCAAAUGGAAAUUCAAAUGGAAAUUCAAAUAAAAAUUCAAAUAAAAAUUCAAAUGAAAAUUCAAAUGAAAAUUCAAAUAAGGAUAACAAAAUAUCAUACCAAAAUGAUAAUAUUUAUAAUAACAAUAGUAAUAAUAUGCAUAAGAGAAGUAGUUCUUAUAAGAAUUUAAAUAAUGAAACAAUAAAUUAUAAUAAUGAUGAAAAAAAAAAGUCGGAAAUUUAUAAUCUUAUAUAUAAUACUAGAAAAUCACUAAGUUCAUAUACACAUUCCGAAUCUGUUUCAAAAAAUCAUAUAUACGAUAAUAAUAAAAAUAUAUAUAUAAAAAAAAAGAAAAUGAAUAAUAAAAAAAAGAAAAGUAAAAACAAAAAAAACAAAAAAACAAAAUUAAAUAAUAUUAGAAGAUCUUCAAGUUGUCCACCUCCUAAAAAUAUAAAUAUUUAUUUUGAUAGUAGUAAUAAAAGUGAUAUAUUAUAUAAUGAUAGAAAAACCACUUUAUAUUCAUUAAAUUAUAUGUAUGAACAAAAUAGACAAUCUACUAUAACAUAUAAUAAUUGUGAUAUUGGUUGCAAAGCAUGUGAUGUUUCUGGAAAUUGUUGUAAUAUAUCUAAUAUAUGUUGUUGUAAUUUCACUAGAGAUUAUUAUAAUUCUUAUUUACUUAAAUCAUGGGGUAACAAAUGUGAACAUAAAAAAAAGAAUAUUACACAUAGCAAUAAUGACUUAUAUAAAAAAUAUGAAAAACAAUGGAAUGACAUUACUAAUUGUACUAUAUAUGAUAAUAAUGAUAUUGAUUAUAAUAAAAAGAAAAAUAAUAAUGACAAUUCUAAUUAUGUAUUAUCCAUGAGUGGAAAUACAUUUUUUACAAUACAUCUAUGUCAUAUAAAAUUUAAUCCUACUCAUCCUAUGUUUAUUGUUAAACUGAAUGAAGAAAAAUUAUGUAUUAAUAUUUGUGAUUAUGAUAUGGAAUUUUUUUUCUUAAUAUUUUCACAAAUAUUUGAUCAUUAUUCUCAACAAGAAUUAGCCUGUAAAAAAAAGAAUAUCAUCUUUUUAAAAAAUAAAAUCAAUUCUAUAUCACAUUUGAAUGAUAAAUAUUAUUACAACACCUAUCAUAAAAAUGAAGUCAAAAAAUUGGGAAUUUCUAAAGAUAUUACAAAUGAGUUAUAUACAAUAGCAAAACAUCCUUCUCAUAUGUAUGAUGGAGAAUUUAUAAACUUAAAGAAAAAGAAUAAAAAAUUAAAAAAACAAAAAAGACCAAAAAAGCAAAAAAUAAAAAAUAAAAAAUACAAACACAAAAAUGAUGAUUUAAUAAAUAAUCAUGAAAUUAAAUCAAUAAAUGGUAAGAGAAAACAUGACGAAUUAGAACAAAAUGAGGUAAAUUUUUCAAUUUUAAAAAAAACAAAUAAAAGAAAUUAUUCACUACAAGGUCAAAGAAAUAAGGAAGAUAUAAAAAAAUACAAUAUGAUCAACACACAAGACACUAAUGAAUUACCUAUUGACAUAAAGGAAAAAGAAUAUAAAGAAACAAGGAAAGAAAUGAAAACAAAAAGUAAAACCUUUUGUAAUAAAUCUAAUUCAUACAGAAAAAAUACAUUUGUAAAUUAUUCAAGUGAUAACAAUACAAGAACAACAAAAGAAUUGUCUUUGUUCAAGUUAAAAAAUGAUAUUUUUAAAUAUAGGCAAAGUGCUGAAAAAAAAUAUGAAGACAAAAAUAUAAACGUAGAUCAAUAUAUUAAUAAAAAGGAUACCAAAACAGAUAUACUAUUAUAUAAUAAAAAGGAUGAUGUUUCAUUAAAAAGCAAAAAAUUACUAUUUCCUAAUUUAUCUAUAGAUAGAAUUAAAAACAGUAUAAAAUUUAAGAAUAGCUUGGAUUCGACGUAUGUAUCCAAUGGAAGUCAGUAUAGUGAUACUAUUUAUGUUCACAAAACAGAAUAUAAGAAUGGUAAUAAAAAUAAAAAUGAACAUGUAAAUGAACAUAUAAAUAAAAAUGAACACAAAAGAAAAAAGAAUAAACAAAAAAAAAAAAAGAAUAAACUUAAAAAUAAGAAGAAACAUAUAAAUAAAACAAAACAUAAUACAAAUAUAUUAUAUCAGAAAUAUCAAAUGUUUGAUGAAACAUGCAAUUCAAAUAAUAUGCAGUAUGGUUAUCAUAAUGAUGUACUCAUUCCUCAUGAUAAUUAUAGCUUUUCAUCUGACGAUGACUCAUGGGUUGAUUUAUUAGAAAACUAUGAUAGUGAUGAAUCUUUAGAUGAUUAUGAAAAACGAAAUGUUAAAAAUAUGCUCAUCGAUAUUGAUAACAUAAAGAAAAGAUUCUCUAAUAAUAAUUUUAUAAUUACAUGCAGUUUUUCUUUUUCUAUCAAAAAUGUAUUUAUCAGAUUAUGGAAAAGGAAAAGCCCUAUGAAAAAUCAAAAUUUCAAAACAACUGAAUGGGAAAAUUUGAAUAGUGUGCAACUAUUAGAUAAUAUAUCAAAUAUAGAAUAUAAUAAAGAUAAUAGAAAUGAUAACAUAUAUAAAAGUAAAACAAAAAAUAUAAAAACAGAAUAUGAUGAAUAUAAAUUAUUAGAUAAGAAUAGUUACUAUAAUCUAACAAGUGUAGUAAAAGAAAAUGAAAUAAAUAGAUUUCAUAAAAAAGAAAGACACAAUAUUAUAGAAGAUGAUGAUAAUAUUAGUUUGUGUAAUAAAAAUUUUAUUAUUUUAAAUGAGCAUCUACAAAAAAAUAUGUUUAAUAAUAUACAAUAUGGAAUGCCCUUAUAUACAAUAAUAUUAUCAGAUAUAUUUUUUGUAGCUAAAGUAGAAAAAAAUAAUUGUGCUCAUGUUUUAUACUCUAUGAAUAACAUAGAUAUUAAAGAUGAAACUAAUAUAACAUUAUUAAGUAUGAAUUCUAUAUAUCAUAGUGAUUUAAAAUCUAUGGAAAAAAAAACAUUCCCAAACAGUUAUAAAUAUAAAAAUAAUAUACCUGAUAAUAUAUAUAUAAAUAAACGAAAAAAAAAUAGUUCAAUGAAUUCAAAAGGUGAUAUGGAAAAAAUCGAAACUGAAGAUACCUUUUUUUCUUUUGAUUAUUCUAUAAAUAAUUUAGAUUUACCAGAUCUUGAAAAAACACAUUUGGUGUUAAUGUAUUUUGGUUCUCUUUUCAAAAAUAAUCACACUUUUAAAUUUAUUUUGAAUAAAACAAAACUAAAAAUUUUCUGGGAAGUUGUAGAUGAAUUUCUUUCAUGGAUAAUAAACACCAGUGAUUUAUUUCCACAAUUAAAUACAAUACAAUAUGAUAUUAUUAAAAAAUUAGAUGAUAGUGAAAAUAAACAUUUAGAUUAUUUACAUAAAAUACAAAAAAUAAAUUAUGAUAUAUUAAAUGUGAAAAAAUUGAGUUCAUCGUUUUCUACUAAUGUAGGUUUUAAAAUACCAUUCCAUAUAUUAAUCAAUCGUUAUAAUAUAAAUUAUGAAAUAUAUUCAGGUCGAAAAAAUCUUGGAAACUAUAAUGAAAAUAUGUUAGAUUUUUACAAUGUUGAUGUAGAACCAAUUGAAGAAUAUUACAUAAUUACUAAUGAACAGACUUGUAGAAGUUACAACAACGUAUGUUUUAUGAAUAAUCCAGAAGAUAUGAAUAAUAUGAUAAAAGAAAUUUUGUUUAAUGAGAAUUAUUUUUUUAAUUAUACAUUUAAUAAACUAAAUAAAAAUAAGAACAUAUCUGACAUAUUAUAUAAGGGUAAUAAUACAAAUCAAAAUGUUGUAAAUUUUUAUAAUGACAUCUCAAAUGAUAAUGUUAUUAUAAAUAAUAAUAAUAAUAAUAAUAAUAUACAAAAUUGUAAUCUUAAUAACAAUAAUAUUGAUAAUUAUAAUUUGGAAAAUCAAAAGAGUUAUAUAAAAAUUGAAUCAUCUUUUUUAAAAGACAACAAUGUAACAAUAAAAUCAAAUGAAGAAUUAUUGAGUAAUGAAUAUUUGUUUGAACCUUCAACAAAUAAUGCGAAAAUUAUUAAUGAAAAUAAUAUUUCUAUUGAUAAUUUAUAUGAAGAAAAUGAAUGCUCAGACUGUUUCCAUAUGAUGAACUUAAAUUAUACAUCAUAUACAAAAGAAUUAUGUAAAACCAAAAAUUAUCCAUAUAUUCACGUAGAUAUCGAAAUUAAUUAUUUUGAAUUUUGGAUAUCACUAGAUCCUAUUAGGAUACCACAAAAGAGAAAACGCCAUUGUGGUAUGUAUAUGAAUAAAAAAUUAUAUUAUCAUGAAAGAAGAAAAGAAAGACAAAAGAAAAACAGGAAAAGAGAUAAACGAAAACACACCAUAAUUAAUAAUAAUAGAUUUAAUAAAGAAAAAUCAUUUUGCACAUAUUAUAGUACAAGUAAAGUUCUAGAUGAAGAAAAAUUAAGUAAUACAACAAAAUUGUGUAAAAAAAUAAAAUAUUACAAAAAUUUGAAUACAGAUAAACCAUAUGUAUUAGCAACAAAAGGUUGUUUAAAAUCAGUUCUUUUUAUUUUAUUAUAUAAUAGACAAGAAAUAAAUAAUGAAGUGGAUAAUACAUAUGAAUUCAUAAACGAUGAUUCAUCAUAUGAUCCUUUAUAUGAUUAUUUGUUAAAUAAUGAAAAAGAUAAGAUAAAAGGGAAUAAUUAUUAUAUUUCUAAAAUGUCAUCAUAUAAUUCAGAAAAUUAUAUUAAAUCACAAAUUAAGAAUAAAGAACGUCAAAGUAAUCAUAAUUUAAAAAACAAAUUAAUGGAGGUAUUACAAUAUUCAAAUUUAAACAAUAUUAUAAAUAUAGAAGAAUUUUUAAAUAGUAAGUUCAUAUGUUUUCUUAAUAAUAUGUCAUCAUAUCUUCCAUGUGUAGUGAAUAUGAAUAUCUUUUUAUCUCAAAUUACAAGUGCAAUAGCUAAACCAGUUACCAAAAAUUCUUUCUUAAAAGCUUAUAUUGAUUGGAAUAAUGUACCAUAUAAUAAUAUAUUAUUACAACCAUUUCGAGCCAAUUUUCAAUUUGAAUUGAAAUUACCUAAUCCAGAAAUAUUAUUAGAACGCCUUUUAGGAAUUAAUAAAAUCACAAGUUUAAAAGUUAUGAAAAAUAAUAAUAUAAUAUAUAAAAAUGAAGCUGAAGGAAUCGAUAUUAAUUGUUCUUUUGAACCUAUCGUUCUCAAUGUUGAUUCUAAUACAUUAACCUUAUUAAAUCAAUUAUAUAAUAUCAUUUUUGAUUUUUCCAAUUAUAUUUUAAAAUUAUGUGCUCCAAAAAAUAAAGACGCAAAUGAACUCUUGAUGAUUAAUUCAUUUAAUGACAAUUUAUAUGACAACUUUACCGAAUAUAUGAUGAGUGAUGAUUUUUAUUUUAAUCUUAAUGAGUCCUCAUUAUUAUCAACAUCAUUAAGUAGGUCAACAUCCUUAUCACUUUCAUCUUUUGAAUUAAAUAAUAAAUAUAAAUUAAAGAAUAUUCAAAGCAAUAAUGAAUUAUUAUAUACUUCAAAGAAUACUCAUAAAUUCCAAAUGAACAAUGAAGAUGAUGACAAUAUGCUUGUUAAUUUUAAGUUAAAUUAUAAUAAUCAUAAUCCAGUUAAUAAGAUAAAUAAUAUAGAUGAAAAUAUAAUACCUAUUGAUGCGGAGGCACCAAUGGUAGAACAUAUUGAACAAAGCGAAUUGCAGGUGAAAAAAAAUAAUCAAGAAAAAGUUUAUAGUGAAACAGAAAAAAAUAAAGAAGGAUUUGAUGGAGUAUCAAUACAUGAUGAAAAGAAGAAAUUAAAUGUAUCUGAUAGAAAUAUACCUACCGAGGACAAUACAAAAAGAAGUUUGAAUAAACCAUUGAUACUUCAUCAUAAAUAUAAUACUUUUAUGAACAAUACAAAUGAACCAAUUUUAAAUACAGAUUGUAAUAUGAAGGCCAACAAUCAGACAUAUUUAUUAGAAUCCGAUUUGAGUAAUAUACUACUAUUUAAUUUUGUUGAAAAUGUUAAGGUUAGUGUUCAUUUGAAUUUUGAUGUAAUCCUUUUACAAAUAUGGGAUUCUAAUACAGCAUAUAACAGAUGUUCAUUCAAUUUUGUUAUUGAAUAUAUUAAUAUCCGUUUCAAUACUACCAAUAUAUAUGAAAUGAAUUUACAAAAUGACAAGUUGGAAUUAUAUAAUAUAAAAGAAAAUAAUACCUACGAUGAAAUAUCAAAAAAUAAAAAAGAUCCUAAUGACAAUAUAAAUUAUAGAAAUAAAAAUGAAAAUUUUGAUCAAUCAAAUAGGACAUUGCUUCAAAGGGUAUCUGAAACAAAAAAUAUACAAGAUAGUAAUAUAGACAAGAGUCAUUUAAUUCAUUCUGGUAUAACUAAUGAUGCAUGUUCAAACAUGAAUUCUGACAUAAAUAAAAAGAAAUAUACCUAUGGAAAAAGUGCAGUAAAUUUUCUAACAAAUGAAAAUCAAUUAUAUGUUAAUAAUAUAAAAAAAAAAUAUAGGUCAGUUGCUGGAGAUAUAAAUAUAAAUAUGAACAAAGAAACUAAUGAUAACAUGUUAACCAAAAAAAAGGAACUCGAUUAUUUUGAAAGUAUAGAUAACAAUAUGAUGAAUUGUAAUAUAGAAAAGGAUAAAAUACUAGAUUUGUCAAGAAAAGAAAAAAUAGAUAUAUAUAAUUCAACAAAAGAAAACACAAAAAUAGUAAAUAGUAAUCUAGAAAAUAAUAUCAAUAAUAAUAGUAACUAUAGUAACAAUAAAAAUCUGUUUAGUAAAUUAUUUAAUAGGAACAAUUUCGUAAAGAAUCUGAAACAAUUCAAAGAAGAAAUAAUGAAAAUUGUUAAAAAACUUUUUUGUAGAAAAAAGUUGGAUGAAAUAUUAGAAAUUAUUGAAGAAAAAGGAAAUGAACUUGAAACUGAAAAUGAAAUGUUAGGAAGAAGAAAGAAACAUGAGCAUUUUAAAAAUAUUUUUUUAAAAAAUGAAUUGAUGUCUAAUGAUUUAAAAAAAAAUAAUGAUAAGAAAAAAAGUAAAGACAUAGAAUGUACAAUUGAAUUUUUAAUAUAUUGUGAAAAUUUUAAUAAAAAAGAAAAUUCUUAUCAAACAUUUAUUGAACCUAUAUGUACAGAAAUAAUAAUUAUGAAAAAAGAAUUAAAUACACCAAUUCAUAUAUAUUAUUAUUUUUCAUGGAUCAAUAUUAACUGGAAUUUUAACUUUCUAGAUAAUAUUCUAUCUUUAUGUUGUAGUAUCAUUUUUUCUAUGAUUACACAAAGAACACGAUUAUUAUUAGGAAGACAUAUGAAUGAUAUAGAUAAAAGAAAAAACAGAAAAAAAAUAAUUCAAGGACAUACUAAAAAUGAAAAGAUGGAAGAUGGAUCAUUGAAAAAUCCACAUGUUAAUACAAAUACAACACAUCCAACUGAAUACGAUGAUAAUAAUACAGAGCGAAAAAAUUUAAGUGAAAUCGAUGAUACUCAAACAUCUAUGUAUUUACCAAAUUAUUAUGGAGCUCUUAAUGAUGAACAAUAUAAAGAUUUAGCACUUAUAACUAAUGAAAAUAUCCUUUUCAGAUAUAAUAAAUUUGAUGUAUUACAUACCGUAAAUAAGUCAUUAGAUACUUACAUUUUCGGUGAGUUAAUAUUAGAAAAACUUCUUCGUAAUUAUCAAUAUUCAUGUCAAUAUCCAGGUGAUUAUUUGUCAAAAUAUGAAAAUGAAUUUAAUGUGGACAAAGUAAAUUCUCCUUCUCAACAAUUAUUACAUAUUAAAUUAUUUAAUUAUAUAAAGAAAAAGAAAAGACUAGAAAUGAAAAAUAUAUGUAAGUUAAAUAAUUUGUUGGGACAACCUAUAGCUGUAUGCACAAUAAUAGAAGAAAAAAAAAACAUUCAAUAUAAAAAUAUAAAAAUGACUAAAAGUCAAAUGAAAUAUGAAAAUAAUAAAUACAAUAGUAAAGAAAUUUAUAAUAAUGAAAAUACAAUUUAUGAUUAUAAUAAAAGAAACAUAUUAUUAAAUUCUAUUAAUGCAAUAACUAAUAGUAAUAGGAAGAAAUAUAAUUCAUUUAAUCCAUUCGAAGAUUAUAAAUGUUUACAAAUUUCAGAUAUGAAUCAUAAAAAAUUAGGAAAAUGUCAAAAUCAUAGUGAAGAAUUUGGUAAUUCAGAUAAUAGUUCUUUAAAUGAUACUAAGGAUAUUUUAAAAUAUCAAUGGAAAAUUAUUAGUAAUAAUGAAUCGCUUGAUUUACCAAUUCAUGAAAAUGGAAAGGUGAAAUUUUUUCUAAUAAGAUUUAGAUUACUAAACUACAUAUAUGAUAUACCGUCAAAUAUAUUAAAUACUGAAAAAGAAAAUGAAGAUGUUAUAAGAUUAAUUAUACCUGAGAGAAGAUUACCUCCUAAUAUAAAUGAGCAAGUAGAACAAGAAUUAUAUAACCAAGAAAUAUUAGAAAUGGAACAAGAAAAUGAUACUAUGGAUUCUAAUUCUCAUACAAUAUAUCCUACUAAUUAUCUAUUUAAAAAAUAUGUUACAGGAAAAAAUGAUACUGUAUGGUGUCCUAGUAAUAUUCCGCAACCACGUAAUCAUUUAUUUAUUUAUUUUAGAACAAGUAGUAGAAUUAGUCAUGAGGAAAAACAAGAAUAUGAUUUUUUUCUAUCUUCCGUAGUUGCUAUUAAAAAUAACACUGAUUUUCCUCUUUAUAUAUUUAAAUCAGUACCAGGUAAUGUAAAUAAAAGUAGUAUCUUUAAGGAAUAUUUUCACAAAUAUAAUACCAAACCAUCUCCACCACCUACGUAUACAUUGAAGGUUGAUAAAAAAAUCGAAUACUUAAUUGAAAACCAGAAUAAAGAUAAAAAUGAUUUCUCUAAUGGAAAUAAUGAAAAUGAACAAGAUAAUAAUAUAGAAAAGAGAAAUAAUAUAUUUUACAGCACUGAUCAAAUUAUUAUUAAUAAUAAUAAUAAUAAUAACAAUUAUAAUAACAAUUAUAAUAACAAUUAUAAUUAUUGUUUUGAUCCCAAUAAAGACCAUAAUAGUUAUUCAACUAGACAACACAAUGAAAAACUUUCUAAACAAAAAACAAAACAAAACAAAAAUAAGAACCAUAAAAAAAAUAAUAAUAGUAAUGAUAUUUAUGAGAAGAAAGAUAAUAAACAAGGUAAUAGUAAAAACUAUUCCAAUAAUCACCAAAAUAAUAAUAAAGAUCAGGAAGAAGGAAAGAAAAAAAAUAUAAACUCAUCAAAUGAAUCUUACUUGCAUAAUAGAAAAAUGAUUAAAAAUAUUUUCCCCUUAAUGAAAUUGUCUUCUAUGGAACAUUAUAUUUCAGGAGAUAUAAAAUUCAGUUCAUUAGCUCCAUUGAAAUAUAAAAGAAAGAAAAAGAAAAAGAAGAAGAAAAAUAAAUUGAAAUAUGAACUGCAAAAAGAAUAUAUUAAAAAGAAAAUAAAAGAAUUAUAUUUAAAAAGUAUAUGGAAAAAAACACAACGUAAAAAAAUUAAUAAAUAUAAAAAUGACAUCAAUAAAAUAAAUCAAAAGAUAAAAGAAUAUUCAUAUGAAGAACAUGCACCUUACAGAAAUAUUAUGUCUAUCAAUGAUCCUUUUUUUAAUUUUAUAAAACAAAAUUCAUCUUCAUCUCAAAAAUUAUCAAAUAAUUCAUUAAAUAUUUCAGAUGUCACAAAUAUUACAUUAUCAUCCUUAUCAAGUACUUUUUUUUCUAUCCAUUCAAGUCAAAGUAAUAAUUCAACAUAUGAAGAUUCUUUAUAUGAUUAUGAUAAAGAUAAUUGCUUAGAACAAGCAUUAUUAGAUGAAUAUUUUAAAAAGCAAAAUGAUGAUGAUGUUUUAUUGGAUAUUAUUGAAAUAUCUAAUAAUAGUAAUAAAUUAAUUCCAAUACCAUUAUAUUGGCUAGUUGCUGAAAAUUCAUUCAUAUGGUUAUCUAUACAAAAUGAAGAAAUUUAUAAAAAUAAAGAUUUGUAUAAUUUUUUAAAUGAAGAAAUGAAUGCAGACUAUUUAUGUACAAAAAAAACAUUAGAUAAUAUCUUAAAUUAUCAAUCUCCUUUUGUAGCUGAUACACUUAAAUUAUUUAAACCAUAUUUGAUUAAAUUAAAAAAUCAUUUAUUGAAAGAAGAUAAUUUAUUUUCAAAAAAUAAAAAAGAUGAAAAUGAAACUUUUAUGACCAAUUAUAAUACAAACUAUAUGAAUUUAAAAGAAGUGUAUUUCACUUCAUCAGUUGUUAGUGUCUAUAAUCGUAAUUAUGUACUAAAUCGAAAAGAUGCUCACAAUUUUUUUCAAAUAAGUAUUGAACAUGUUCUAAUGAUCAAUAAUGGAUUACCUAAAACUAUGUAUAUAAAUUGUGAAGUCUUAAAAAGUAAGCUCAAAAAGAAAAAUACUAUAAAGAAAAACAUAAGUCACUAUAAGAGUUUUCCAUCAAUCGAAAAAUCUAAGCAAUAUAAAGAUUCAGAAAAUAGAGAAGACUCUUAUGUUAUAGAAAGUUCUUGUAAUAAAACAAAUGAAGAAUAUUCAUCAUAUUAUAAUGACGAUAAAAAUGAUAAUGAUAGUAAAUAUUAUGAUGAUGGCAAACAUGAUGAUGACAGCAAAUAUGAUGAUAACAGCAAAUAUGAUGAUAACAGCAAAUAUGAUAAUUACAACAACAACCACCAUAAUAAUAAUAAUAACAAUAAUGAUAAUAAUAAUUUUAUGUACAAUGAAGGUAGUGACAUGUUCUCCCAAAAUUCUCAUGAAGUUAAAAGAGAUAAAGGUGUUGACACCUUCUAUGACAUACAUGACGAAUUAACCUUGGAAGAAAAACAAAACAUGAAGAAAAAGAAAAUUACAUUAGUUGUUGAUAAAUUUAACCAACCAUUAAAUGAAGAUACUAAUAAGGAUCAUAUAUAUAUCGUUGAUAAAUAUAGUGAUAAUAACAGAACAAAUAAUAAACGAGUUUUUAUAAAAGAAGCUAAUAUUGAUAGAAAUGUAUUUAUAUAUAAAAAUACAAAAAAAAAUGAAAAUGAUUACAUUGAUGACAACGAAAAAAGUAAGAAUUAUAUGGAUGAUAAUAAUUUUAUUGUUAAUAUAAAAAAAGAAGAAAAUAAAGAUAUUUAUGAAAUAAAAAUUAAUCCUGGACAAAGUAUUAAAUUACCUUUCCUUCUUCAUAAUAUUACCAUAUCAUUUGAUGGAUAUCAUUCAAGAAAUAUCUUUAUAAAUUAUCCUCAUAAAAAAGGAAGGGAAAAAAUCAUGUUAGAAAGACAAAUAUCUCCAGAUAUUUCCUCCUUUUUCACAUUUGAUUAUGAAGAAUCCAAUGAAAAUAAUGAUGAACAUAGUAGUAAUAAAAGUACAAUGAAUUAUGUAAAUAAUAAAAAUAUUAGUGAAAAUACAAAUAAAAAUUAUCAUCAUUUUGAUAGUUCCUUAUCUCUUACUGAUAAAACAAAAAAUCAGUUAACUUAUAAAAAUAGGAAUCAUCAAAAAAACGAUGAUUACCCACUAUCUAAAUAUAGUGAUUAUCAUAAAAGAAAAACAACAAAAUAUGAAGAAUAUCAAAAGCAAUUAUCUAUAUGGGCAAUAUUUAAUGACUUUUAUGAAACAGGCAAAAAUCGAUAUCAAGAUAUAUCAUUAGAAAAAAUUUACCAUGGAACAUAUUCUAUUUCUUGCACAUUUUUUGCAUCUGCAUGUAUCAUAAAUAGGUUAAGUUAUCCAAUUAAACUGAAACGAUUAAAUAAUGAAAAUGUGGUUGUUAUUGAACCUUAUAUUAGAACGUUACUCCCAUGUGAAUUUUCCAUGCGUAGAAAUAAAGUAGUAAUAUCACAUGAAACCUUAAAAGAUAUUAAGAAUUGGAAGAAUUACCCUUUAAAAAAAUAUAUGAUUAAACGAACAAAAUUGAUUAAAACUCGAAAUUUUAUUAAGAAGGAUAACCAAAUAAUUGUGCAUUCUACAAAAUGUGAUGAUGGUAAACAGAUUAAGCAUAAAUGGGAUAAUAAGCAGUUAAUUCGAGGCGAUAAAAAUGUAAGCAUAAAAAAAAACAAAUCUAAUGAAGAAAUAAUUUUAACAAAACAAAAUGAAACAACAAAUGAAAUAAAUAAUGAAAAGAUAAAAAGUGAUAUAAUAAAAAAUGAUGGUAGUUACCAAUAUGAUAGGAAAGAAGAAGACCAUUAUCAUGUGGACGAUAAUAAUGAUGAUGAUGAAAUAGAAUAUAAUAAAAAAAAUAUUCCUUAUAAUAAGAAUACUCUUUGUGGAUAUAAAUAUAAAAAGAAAAGAAGAUUCAGAUUUUUUUUUUAUAGAAAUAAUAUUAAUAAACCCUUAGAAUCAGAAGAUUUUCGUAUAACCGAUUUAUCAGUCACAAGAUUAACAUGUUCCAAUAAAAAUAAAAAUAUACCACAAUUAAAAUAUAGUACUUAUAUGUCUAUUGCUCCUAUGCCUUUUUUUAGAACAACCGUUAUGGAAAUAUUACCUUACAUUGUUAUAAUAAAUAAUACAAAAAUGAAUAUAGUUUUUCAAGAGUUUAUAAAAAAUUAUACAUAUUUUAAAUAUAACAAACUACAACCUGGAGAUUAUGUAGAAUUCCAUCCACAGUCAAAAAAGAAAGUUAUGUUAAAAAUGUGCGGUAUAUAUCAAAACACAUUCGAUCAUUUAAUUGAUGAUUAUUUACAAAAGGAAUUAUAUUUAGAAAACUUCGAAAAGAAAAAUGAAAAAUUAAUAGAUGAUAUAAAGGCAGACAAACAUUAUGAUAAGAAAAAUAUGGAAAAAAAAAAAAAAUACUCAACAAAUAAAGAAUCUAAAAAGAAAAAAAAAAAUAACAUUGCCAAUAAUUAUAUAUGGAAUAUAUCUAAAAGGAUAACUGCAUUAAAAGAUAUGGAAAACGUAUAUGAUAGUAAUAAUAGUGCAAAAUAUAAUGAUAAUGAAAAAAAUUAUAUUAAUAAUAAAAUGAAAAACAAAAACAAAAAAAAUAAAUAUAAAAAUAAUAAGAAUAAGAAGAAUAAUAAUGAAAAUAAUGAAAAUAAUUAUAGCACAUCUUCAAAAAACUCAUCUAACAGUACCAUUGAAAAUUAUUCAGAAGAAGAAAAUUCAAAUGGACCUUUGAAUUCUUCUAAACAUAAUAAUAUUAAAAAACAUAAAUAUAUGAAUGAAUACACAUUUUUAUACUGGUCUGAAGUUCUAGAUUUAAAUAGAGUAAGUAUGAUUUAUUUUCGUCAUCCAGUUAUAUCAGAAACCAAUUUUAAAAUAGAAGAAAAAAAAUUACAAAAACUAAAUUCUAUAUUAAGGAAAUAUGGUAAGAAUGAUGAUGCUUAUAUAAACAUUUUAAAAGAAUUAAUUAAAAAAAAUAAUCAAAUAACAUAUAAAUAUAGUUGUUGUUCUAUGGAAAUUACAACAUUUAAAGGAUGUAAAUUUGUACGUUUUCAAGAUAUUGAUGUUGUACCUUAUUAUUUAAUAAACUUAACCAAAUAUAAUAUAAAAUUAAGACAAGUGGGAAUUUAUGAACAUUCAGAAAUUCUUCAAAAAAUACCUCAUAAAAAAAAAACAUCAUUUAAUGAAAUAUUUAAAAAUUAUGCAUUCAAUUUCUCUUUUUACAAUCCUUAUAAAGACCCUAAAUUAAAAGUUACUCUCUUAUCGAAUAAUAAGAAAAAUGAUUAUUAUAAUAAUAACAGCAAAUAUAAAAAGGAGAAGAAAAGAACACUAUUAAAAAAAAUACCAAAUAAAUUAAAACAUAAUCUUAAGCAUGAAUUAAAUUAUCUAAGCUUUUUAACAAAAAAUUAUAUAACAGCGAAAGAAGAUGCAAAAAUCUUGAAUGACAAAAUUUUCCAACUCAAAAGAUUUUCACAACAAAUUGAAAAAUUAAAUGAUGAAAAAAUGAAUAUUAUUGAUUUAGGAAAUAAUAAUAAUAUUACCUUACUAAAAUUAAAUUAUAAAAAUUCUCUUAUUUAUAUACUAUGUACCAAAAGAACAUAUAAUGGAAAAACCAUCUAUUUAUUUGAAAAUUAUGAUGAUUUAAUAAGUAACAUCUUAAAUUUUAAUACUAUAUCAUUUAAUAGUAAAUGUAAUAGCAAAUUGCUAAAAUCAUUCAGUUUGUUUCGUGAUACAAUUAAAAGCAAAAAUAAAUAUAGUCGUAAGGAUACAUAUAAGAAAAAAAAGAAACAUAUUAAAUAUAUGAAAACGUUUAUACACAAUCCAAAUGUUAAAUAUUUAUUAAAUUUCUUUAAAAAGAAAAGUUCGGCAUCAUCUAUAGAAAAUAAAUUAAAAAAAAAUAUAAAACAAAAGAAAAAAAAUAAAAUAAACAAGGUAUACAAAAAUUCAAGAACAAAUAAAAGGACAACACAUAUUAUUACGGAAUUAUACCAAAAAAAUAUGUUCCACCAAGAAGAAGAAACAAAGAAAAAAAAUAAAAAUAUCAUAUUAAAUAUGAAUAUAUUCGCACAUUUAAUAUUUAAAGGCAUAGGAAUAAGUAUUAGUAAUCACAAUUUAGAAGAAAUCCUAUAUUUUUCGAUGGAAUAUAUUUUAAUUAUUUAUAAGCAAAUGAUAGAUCGUGAUUUGUUUCAUAUAAAUAUAGGAUGGUUACAAAUAGACAAUCAUACUAAAAAUACUGACUAUAAGAAUGUGUUGUUACCAAUUGUUGAUUUACAAAAACAAACAAAUAAAAAUAACGCAAAGGAAAUUAAUGAAGAAAAGAAAUAUUUUAUAAAUGAGAGUAAUAUAGCAUUAUAUAAUAGUAUUAGUAAUAAUAAAAGAGAUGACAAAUUUAAUAAAAUUAAUAAGCAUAAUACCUUUCUCCAUAAUAGAUAUGAUACAAUUUCAGGGCAUAUAAUUUCUGGUGAUAUCAAUUCACGUAAUUUAAAAUCAAAUAAUUUCAAAUCUUUUAAUACUUUUUCUCGUAAUAUAAAUUCUUGUAAUACAUUUUCUUGUAAUAUUAAUUCUUGUAAUAUAAAUUCUUGUAAUAUUAAUUCUUGUAAUAUUAAUUCUUGUAAUACCUUUUCUCGUGAUACCUUUCCAUAUAGUUUUAGAUAUAGCAAUAAUUUUUCAAAGUCUAGUACAUUAAAUAUGAUUAAUUCGUUUUACUCAAAUAGAAAUAAAUCAUAUAAUUCAUUUAUAGAUAAUGAUGUAUUAAUUGUUACAAAUUUAAAUAACCCUCUACAUAAUUCUUAUAAAGUAUUUAUACCACAAUUUUUUUAUUCUGAAUAUAAUUCUGUAAUAUAUAUUAGUAUAAUUAAAUUAAAAAGAGGAAAUAUGAAAAAUUUCUUAGAAUUGUCCGAUGUUCAAAUAAAAGUUUCUCCUUUGUCUUUAAAUAUUGAUUCCUAUUUUAUUAUCGAAAUGUUAAAAAUAUUCGACGAGUUUUUAAAAAUAAUCGAAUUUGAUUUAAGUAACUACAAUUCACUUAAUUUAGAAAAGAACAUUGAAUUGACAGAUAGAGAUUUCGAUAGUCUAGAAUAUAAAAAGGAUAUAGGUCCUAUAGAAGAAUUAAUUAAAUAUCAUAUAUUAAAAGAUUAUUAUUUAUAUGAACAAAUAAUUAAUUUCAAGUUUAAUCAAAAAGUAGAUGGUAUACGAAAUCAAACAAAUAACAAGUCACAUAAUUAUAAAGAAUUAGAAAAUUAUAACAAAAUAAAAAAAAACAGUCAAGAUAGUAUAUUUAAUACGAAUAAUUUAUAUGACAAAUCUAAUUUGGAUGUUAUUGAAUUCAAAGAAUAUAUUAAUAUGCUAAAUGAAUAUGAAAAUAUUAAAAAAAAUAAAGCUAUAUCAAAAGAUAUAAGAAAUAAGGAUAUGUUAUCCAAAAUGCAUUGUACUAAAAAUAAUAUAUUAAAAAAAGGAUGUACCAAAAAAAGUAGAAGAACAAAAAAUAUAAAAUUUUACAACAAAAAUGAUGAUGAUAAUAAUAAUAAGGUUAACGAUAAUAAAAAGGAUUACAAAAUAGAUACACAAAUAAAUGAAUAUAUAAAGGAUAAUAAUAAUAAUAAUAAUAAUAAUAAUAAUAAUAAUACGGAUAAUAAACAGUACAUUAAUAUAAAAAAAAAUAUAAUAAACAUUAACAAGUCCUGUCUAAUUAAUAAUAAAGAGAACAUGUAUUAUGACACAAAGAAAUAUUCAGAUAUAGAUAAGAAGAAAAAAUCAGAUGAUAAUGAAGAUACACAAGUUGAACUAUUAGAUAAAGAGAAAAUUGAAUAUAUACAAAGAUGUGAUAAAUAUUACAAGAAUUCCUUAAAUAAUAGAAAGAAGAUAUUGAGAAAAAUACAAAAUAUAAAUAUAAAAAAUAAUUUAAUAAGUUUUGACAAGAUAUUCAUAUCUAAAUUAGAAAUUAACGAAAUGAAAUUAAUCAUAAAUAUAAAAAAUAAAAGUCUGAGUUAUGAUAAAAAAAGUGAAAUAAUGGAAUCAAAUGUAAUGAAUGCUUUAGUUGUAUUAAUUAUGAAUAUACCAAAUAUAAGUGAUGCACAAUUACAUUUUGAUAAAGAGGUUAAGAAAAAUAUCUGUGGAUCUUUAUAUGAACUAAUAUUUAAUGAAAUUAUGAAUGAUUAUAUUACACCUGGAAUGAAUCAAAUGGUUAAUGUAUUAGGUGCUAUAGAUUUUAUAGGGAAUCCAUUAAUAAUAUAUAAACAUUGGAAAAAGGGAUAUGAAACAUUUAUACAUGAUUUAAAAAAAAGUCUAGAUUCAUGCUCUUUUCCAUUAUUAUUUUGUAUCUUAUUUUUAAAUACAUUAGGUAAAUUUGGAAAGAGCGUAUUAUCAGGAAUUCUAGAAGGUAUUAAUAGAUUAUGUAGUAGCUGGAGUACAUGUUUUGAAAGAUUUUCUAGAAAUUCAGAUAACUAUAGUAUUGUUACGAAUAGUAACCUCUUUCAACAUGAAAUAUUAGAUCAACCUUCUAAUUGUGCAGAAGGUAUAUAUUAUGGUUGUCAAUCCUUUAUAAAUAUUCUUACUAUUAGUUUUGUUAAUAUAAUAUAUAAACCAUUUAUAGCUAUACAAAAAUCAAAAGAAUUUAAAAAAAAAACAGAAAAAGGGAAAUACAAAAUAUUUUUUUUAUCAUUGAUAGUUCUAUCUUAUGGUAUAUUUAGUGGACUUAGUAGUUUCUUUUUUGGAUUUUUUAAUAGCGUAUUUUCUUUUUUUACAUUUCUAUUUAUUGGUACAUUAAAUCAAAUUCAAACCUUAACAAUGAAAUCUGUUGUUAGACCAAAAAAAAUGAGUAUAAUAAAAGAAUAUUCCAAGUUUCUAAAUUAUGAAUAUCCAUUAUCCUUUUCAUCUCAUGUAAUUAAUGAAAAAAAAAGGAAGAAAGAACUUUUAAAAAAAAAUAUUGUUGCUAUUAUACUUUUAUAUACUAUUAACGAUAACACUCCAAAUAAUAUUAAAAGUUAUUUAUGGGUGAGUAAUAACGAAUUAGGAUAUUGUCAAAAGGAUAAAUUAUUAUGGUCUUUAUAUAUUAAUUGUAUAAUCAAAGUGGAUAUAUUAUUAAUCGAAAUGGAUAACGGAAAUUUCAAGCGAUAUUCAAUAAGCAGCCGUAAAGAAAAUAAAUAUUUGAAUAAUAUGAAUAAUAAGGAAAAGAACGAUGCUAACAAACACACCAAAAAUAGCAUGAAUAAUAAUAGUAAUAAUAAUAAUAAUAAUAAUUAUAAUAUAAAUGAAAAACUUACUUGGAAUGAAAAAAAUAAAGAACAAAAUAAUCAAAUUAAUAAUAACAGAUCCACAUGGAAAAUAAAAAAUUUAUUCACCCCACAACCUUUUAGACAACUUUCCGAUUUUAAACCAUCGUACUAUAUUAGAAUAUUAUAUAAAUCAUUAUAUAAAAAUAAGAAGGAAAAAAGAAAAACAAAUAUUUCUAAUUUAUUUUUAUAUAAAAAAAGUGAUUCAAAUAAUAGAUUGAAACGUAUAAUGAGGAAAUCCACUUAUGAAAAAUAUUUUGAAAAUGAAUUUAAAGAAGAACAAAAAGUUCAUCGUUAUCAUACUACUUCUAAAGAUAUGCCUGAAGAACCAAGUGCUAAGAUUUCACAUAUAAAUGACGAAAGAAAAAAAAGAGAAAAAAAAAACAAUAAAAUUAAUAUAUAUGAUAACUUAUAUCCAGACAAAACCAAAAAUAUUAAACAUCAUAAUACAAAACAUUAUAAAAAAGAAACAAAAAAAAAACAUUUAAAUAAAAAUAAAAAUAAUAUUACAUCAUACAUUGACGAUCAGAAUAAUCAUAUGAAAUUAUGGAAACAAAAUAAAAAACAUAAAACAAAAAAUUAUAAGUAUAAUAAUGAACAUAAUACUGAAUAUGAACAUGUGAAUAUAAAAAAAUUAUUUAAAUAUAACAAUCAUAAGAAAAAAAAAAAUAAAUAUUUAUAUAUCUCAAAAUUGGUCAAAUGUGAAAAUAAGGAAGUUGCAUUACAUGCUUUUUCACUUCUUAUGUCGUUCUUAAUGCACAAAUCACCAUAUUAUUUAAAAACCACUAAUUGA